AUGCUCGUCUCGGAUCUUUUGGCCUUUUUCCAUGUAGUGAAUGAAGGGGUCAUCAAUGUCCUGGAGCACUACUUUGAAAUGUCGCGAUACGACGCCGAAAGGGCGCUCGAAAUCUACAAAGUCUUUACAAGACAGACCGAGGAUACCGUUGAAUUCUUACAGAACGCCCGAAGACUCGAAACGGCCACUAGAUUGCAAAUCCCGAACGUCAAGCACGCUCCCACCUCUCUCACAAAAGCAUUAGAAGAAUACCUGCUAGAUCCCGACUUCGAUGUCAACCGACGGCAGUACCUCGCGGCCCAGGAAGCCAAGAAGACGGGUAAGAAAAUUCCUACUACUGACAUCUCGGCAACCAGCAAAACCACACCAUCAGCCGCUAGUACUACAACCUCUGCCCCACAGGCGCCAGUUGCCGCUGCUCAGCAACAAGCAGUGCCAGCACCGCAGAGGCAAGGAGACCUCAUCGAUUUCUUCGCCUCAAUAGAAAAUGAGCAGACCCCUAUGUUUGGCGGUACACCGACUACCAAUGCCCAGCCAACGUUUGCGCAGCAACCCGUGCCGAUUGUGGCCCCUCAAAUCCAGGUCCCGAUAAUUCCGGCACCCCAGUUCUCUAUCCAACAACAGCCUGGAUUCGUGGUUCCUGGGCAAAUUCCGCAAGUUCAAGUACCUCAGCAGUUCCUCGUUCAGAACCCCGUUCCGUUUUCGAUGCAGCAACCUCUCCAGACGGACUUUACCGGGGCAGGAUUUGGGGGCUACACUCCUGCUCCACAGUCCACCAUAGCACCUAUUCCACAGCCAGUCAUUCAAACAACCCCUAUCAUCGCGCCGAACCUUACUGCCUCGGUUCAGACACCACAAAGUGCACAGGGAUUACUACCAUCAGCGACUGGAAGCACAAACCCAUUCCGGCAGUCGAUGAUGCCAACCGGCUCUAGCGUUGCCUCUCCAAUCGCCUCUACUGGUACAGGCGGAUCCACAGGCACUUCCCGCGGAACCAAUCCAUUCGCUAGGGCUUCCACUAUCCCGGUUGCAGCCCCUCAAGCAGCGCCAACAUUCUCAUCCACAUCAACAGACUACUCCCAAAAUACGCCACAGCAAUCACAGCCACAGAUACAGGCACCCCUUCGUUCAGCCUCUACCGGAAGUACUAAUCCAUUCUCCCGCCCAAAGCCAGAGAAUACGUUACCUUCUGUAUCCGAAGCUUCGCAAGGAGCAAAUGGUGGAUUCAACCAAGCCCCACUUCCAUCCUUUCAACCCUCUGGUGGCCUCAACGUCGCUCAACCCACUGGCACAAACCCUUUUAGGCAAAGCAAGCUGCCAGCGGAUCUCGCACCUCAGAUUUCCAUGGGCGGGCUCGAGCACUUAGAAACAAUACCAGUUUUCCCAAGAUCCGAUCAGCAGCAACAGAAUCAGCAGCAAUCCCACGGUCAGGGGCAAUGGGGUGGUUUCUGA